AUGAUUCUUUUCUGUCUUUUAAAUAUUAUAGAAUCUGACUGCCAACAAACAGAAUAUUUACGAAAUAUUCUACAAGAGCUAUUUGAAACAAGAAAAUAUGACAAGAGGAUAAGACCAGUACAAGAUGUGUCCGAAUCAGUUGUUUUAGACAUUUCAAUGAUUAUCUCGAGGGUUAAUUUCAUCGAUGAGAAGUCUGGGGUGUUUUCUACUACGGUAUUCCUGGAAGUUACAUGGAAGGAUCAUUUCUUGAGCUGGCAACCUGAAGUGUUCGGAAAUAUAACCAAUUUCACCUUACCUCAGAGUAAUAUUUGGAUACCUGAUUUGAUUCUUCGAAAUGGUGUGAAGGAAAUUAAACCAAUGGGAGGAGAUUUUUACUAUAUUGUAUUAAAUUACACUGGGCAAGUAACGUGGUGGCCUUAUCAAGUUUUUGAGGCACGUUGUGAAGUCGAUGUUGUAUAUUUUCCUUUCGACGCUCAAACUUAUGGAUCAGAAAUGUUUUUCAACCUCAUAUUUUCUUUCAAUUUACGGAGAAAAUACAUAUUCUAUGUAUGGAAUUUGAUAACUCCACUGCUCUUCUUAGGAAUUAUGAAGAUUUUUGCAUUUUUAAUUCCAGCAGAAAGCGGAGAAAAAGUUUCUUUUGCAAUAACUCUUUUUCUUGCAUAUGGUGUGUUUCUUAACUCGAUAACUUCUUCAUUACCAGAAAAUUCAGAUUCGAUUUCUCUCACUUGUGUUUACAUGGAGAUAGAACUUGCAUUAGCGGUACUGAUUGUUCUAAUUUCGAGCUUACAAGUGAAAAUCUGUCACCGAGAUCAACACAUUAAAUUGUCAAAGCGUGAAAUUUGGUUUAUAAAACGUUUGAAAAAAGAAUCUUCAGAAAAAAUUAUCGAAAGAGCAGACGUGGGCGAAAUCGAUUGGACAAUAUUAUCAUCUGCUAUAGAUAAGCUCAUGAUAAUUUUCUUGACUGUCCAAGAGAGUUUUACUUUUUGUAUAUUUUCUACCGUGAUUUAUACAAACACUUACAAAUAA